AUGGGGGCGGAGGAGAUGGUGUCGGAGGUCUGGGGUUCAGUCUGCCCGUGGGCAGCUAUGCUUAGACAAGAUAAAGCUCCUUUUUUGUUUCAAAAAAUCUGUGGAUCGUGUGGUUACGAACUAAACCUGAACUCGUGCAACCGCAACAUAUCAGCCAUGGAUGCAAAAUACGAAAAGUCGAUGAAAAGGGGAGUUAUUUCGUUCUUCUCAGUUGACGAGAGCAGGUUUACUCAGAUAAACAAAAUCCAUUGGUUGUCGUAUUUGAUGAUACCAAACAAGCCCUCGUCAUGGAGGAUCUUUAAAAAAAGAACCACAUUGCUAUGUAGAAAUUGUGGGAAUUAUAUCGGAGUCGCUAGGAAUGGGGACAAUAGUUCUUCUCGUUCGUCUCCAUUCAAAGCAAUGGUGAAGCACAAUUCAGCAAAGACUUGGGAUGGGAUUUCUGGGCGCAAGUCGUACGAGAUCAAAAUACGGUCUUUGAGGCCCGUGUCGUUUGAUGGACCUGCAUUUGUCAUGUGAUGAUUGUAAGGUAGAAAAACAAUCUUCUUUUCUGUACUUUGUUUCAAGUGUCAUGAGAGUGUGUUCUAACAGAAAUGAUUAAGGCACAAGGCUUUUGACAUGAGUAGUGUGUGCUGUCAAAUAUGAAAGGAAUAAGGCUUUACAUUGUAAAACGUUGUCUAUUCUUCCCAUAACUUAUUCAAGUGUUUUGUUUGGAUGUAAUUUUCUUGUAGUGCAUAUGAGAAGACUCAUUGUGUAUUUGCUUCUAUCUGUUUAAUACUUCACGAUAUCAUGUUCUGAUUUUAAAAA